UUGUAACCAAAUUGGGCUCUCCUAUAAUCCCACAGUUUCAAUUGCUUUGGGGAGUGGAUGAUGAGCUUAACCAGCUGAAACAUACUAUUUCAGCCAUGGAAGCUGUGCUUCUUGAUGCAGAGGAGCAACAAUCCAACACCCAUGCAGUGAAGAAUUGGAUUUCAAGGGUCAACGAGGCUUUCUACGAUGUCGAUGACUUGAUCGACGAGUUCGCUUAUGAAACCUUGAGGCAACAAGCUAUGGCCGAAGCUAAAAGAGGGAUAAAAGAGGUACCUGAAGUUUUCUCUCUGCCUCAUCAAAUUGCAUUCCGAUUUAAAAUGAGUCACAAAAUUAAAGACAUUAAAGGGAAAUUGAAAUCUAUUGAUGCUGAUAAAAACCAAUUCCAUUUCUCUGAGCGUAUGAUAAAUACUCGAGAUGAUGAACUGAGGAAGAGUCGAGAGACUUCCUCUUUCAUAUGUGAUGAUGAAGUGGUGGGAAGGGAUGACGACAAGAAAGCAAUUAUAGAUCUUCUCCUAAAUACAGAUCCUAAAACCAAGGAGAAUAUUACAGUGAUUGCCAUAGUUGGAAUGGGAGGAUUAGGAAAGACAGCACUUGCUCAAUCUGUCUACAAUGAUGAAAGCACCACGAAAUAUUUUGAGAUGAAACUAUGGGUGUGUAUUUCUGAAGAGUUUGAUGUGAAGGUUAUUGUUGAAAAAAUAAUAGAGUCUGCAACAAGAAAGAAGCCUGAGAUUUUUCAAAUGGAUUUGUUGCAAAGUGAACUUCGAAAGCAAAUUGAUGGAAAAAAGUACUUGCUCAUCAUGGAUGAUGUGUGGAAUGAAGAUUACGAGAAAUGGGUUAUUCUCAAAAGAUUAUUGACGGGUGGUGCAUCAGGCAGUAGAAUUUUGAUCACGACACGUCAUCAGCGAGUUGCAGAGACUUUUGACACAACUUCAUAUUAUGCUUUAGAAGAAUAGGAUGACAAAAAUGCUUGGCUAUUGUUAAAAAAAAAUGGCUUUAGGAGGCGAAGAAUCAGAAAAAGAACUUGAAAAUUCGAAUCUAGUC